GAGUAACUAAAUUUAGAACAUUAAGAUUUUUUGCCAUCACCAACUGGCAUUUCAAGAGACAUUGGACGUGGGGUGAAGCUUGGACCAAGAAUGACGCCGAAGCUACUCGAAAUAUCGCAAAGGCAGCUACACCAAUAAAAUCUCAUGCCAAAGUAGUCAUUCGGCUUGCAGCCUUACUGGCAUCUCGAGUAAACUUUCGCCUAUAGACGAGCGGUCUCGGACGCGUCGAACAUGUCUUCAGUCGGUGUCAUCAUCUCAGGUCGGCCUGUCGUAACCGAGCCGUCCUCCGUGAUAUCGCCUACCCAGUUCGCCUUCCAGAUUCCUUCGCAACCGUCAUUCUCCCACAUUGUCGUCUUCCUGCUCCCAGGCGUCACACUACCAGAUGGCACCGCCGCCGCCGUAUACGCGCAAUUACCCGGCACGACCGACUUCAAGCUUCUCGGCGCGAUCGCAAACGAGAAGCCCAGCGCGAUAUUCAAAGUGAACGCGAAAGCUGGUGGGCCCGCGGGUGGUGGUCUAGGCGACAGCGACGAUGCCAUGGUGGACGAGGGUGUUUCAGUGGACGCGUCAAACGGCAGCACCGCACCGCUAGCUCUUGGGAUCGCCGUCGAGCCCGCGCAACAAGUCGCCGCAGCUUUGGCGGAGAAGAAGGCACAGGAUGCCGCGGCGUCAGCAACACCGAACAUGGGCCAGGGCAACGAGCUGGUGCUUAGAGGGCAGAGGAGCGUAGAGACAAAGGUGCUGGCGCAGAGGAUUAUCAAGAACUGCUACGACUUCUUGACGAGCUGGGGUACAGGAGAUACCGUGCCGCUGAAGGCAUUCCAGGCGUGGUGGACCAAGUUUGAGGGCAAGAUUGAGAGGGAUCCAGGGUUCCUGGAGAGGAGCGAUGGAGGUUGAGAUUGAGCACGGCAUGGAUUAUAAGACU